AUGGGGUACCUCUCCUGCCGCGCGGACUCGUCCGUGGCGACGUGCCGCUCCAUCACGGCCAUCUCGCCGCUCCCAAUCUCGCGCCGCUCGGGGUCGGGGGCAGCCGGCGGUUCCUCCAGGCGGCCCGCGCUGCCGCCGGCGCCGGCGGCCAUCGAGCGCUUCGACUACGCGGAGCUGGAGGCGGCCACGUCCCACUUCGCGGACGCGGCGCUGCUGGGCCGGGGCAGCCACGGGGCCGUCUACAAGGCCGUGCUCCCCUCGGGCCGCGCCGUCGCCGUCAAGCGUCCCUCCCCGCGCCGCCCCGAGGUGGACAACGAGAUCCGCAUCCUCUCCUCCGUCCGCGGGCCGCGCCUCGUCAACCUCCUCGGCUUCUCCGACCCCGGCCCCGCCGCCGCGCGCCUGCUCGUCGUCGAGUACAUGCCCAACGGCACGCUCUACGACCUGCUCCACUCCAACCCGCGCCCGCCGGGGUGGCCGCGCCGCCUCCGCCUCGCGCUGCAGACGGCCAGGGCGCUGCGCGCGCUCCACGACGCCGACCCGCCCGUCAUCCACCGCGACGUCAAGUCCGCCAACGUCCUGCUCGACGCCAACCUCGACGCGCGCCUCGGCGACUUCGGCCUCGCCCUCCGCGUGCCCAAGGCCAAUGCCGGCGCCGGCGCGGCUGCCGCCACGCCGGCGGCGCCCGCGGGCACGCUCGGCUACCUCGACCCGGCCUACGUCACGCCCGAGUGCCUCAGCACCAAGACGGACGUCUUCAGCUUCGGGAUCCUGCUGCUGGAGAUCAUCAGCGGCCGCAGGGCCAUCGACGUCCAGCACUCGCCGCCGUCCGUCGUCGAGUGGGCCGUCCCGCUCCUGCGUAAAGGCAAGGUGGCCUCGCUGUUCGACCCGCGUGUGGCGCCGCCACGCUACCCGGCCACCCGCAAGGACCUUGCCGCGCUCGCCGCUAGCUGUGUGCGCUCGUGCAGGGAGCGGCGCCCGUCCAUGGCCGACAUCGUCCAGCGUCUCGUGGUUCUCAGCAAAGCAGUGUCGGCCAAGGUGUGGAACGGCCUCGCCGAUGGGCUUGCGGUGGUAGGGAACCCCUGCGCCGUUGUUGAUAUUCAGAAGACCAUCUCGAAGCGAGCUGCUGCCAGCAACAGAGCUGAAUCGGAGAGGGAGUCGACUUCAGCAUUGGCGUUUGACGACGAUGAAAAAGAGGAUGCAGAUGCAGAGGCCGCCUUGGAGGAGGAUCAGGUGCCAUUGGUUGGUGCCAAGAAGUCACCCCGGCCACUGAAGAAUGGGAUGGUCUUAUCUGAGGCCGGGGCUCGGGAGAGGAGAAAUCUCUUGGACCUGAUGGCUCGGAUCGAUGGUGUUGCCGGCCAAAGAUUCGGCAUAACCAGAGCAAGAACAGUCCGCGCUACUGGUGAGCUUAUUGAAAAGGAUGCAGUGUUACUCCUAAGGAGGAACCAGACGGUAAGAGUUGUUGGAUCUGAGGCACUGCCAAAGUCUGAAAGGAUUUCUCGUUUUGAUGUGAAGAUCAAACACAAAGCGGGUGAAGAGCAAAAUAAUGCAGGGAAAAUCCAAGAUAAUGCAAGUGGGAUUCAAGAAAGUUCCAAGGAAACAUUAGGCAAAACAGGCAAAUUGUUAGAGACAACGGAGCCAAACCUCGACAAAGAAGAGAAGAUUCAAGAAAAGGAAGAGCAAAACCUUGAAAAAGUGGAAAAUGUUCAAGAGAAUGAAGGCAAAAUCCAAUGCACGGCAGAGAAAAUCCAUGAAAGUCAAGGAGGAACCCGAGACAAAGUAGAAAAGUUCAUUUGA